AUGAUAUCCCUUCAAAUGGAGAUAAGACUUUCUUAUCUGAAAUUAGUACGCAGCCACGAACCGGACUGCAUUUUUGGUCUCAGUUCGAACCUGACAGCCGUGGCAAAGAGUCUAGAAAAGUUAAAGUUUUUGAUCCCCAUUACCAUGAAUCGUGAUAACGACAUAAGCUCUAGUGAAGAUGAGUUUGAUUUAGAGUUGCUAAACGAGGAAACUACAGCUAUACACAGAGAGCUUGACGAAACAGAGAACGCGAGCAGUGAUGAAGAGAAUGAGGAAGUAAGAGGUGUAAGAAGGCGAAAAAUAAGAAUAAUAGACAGUGAAGGUGGCAGUGACAAUGACAGUGUUGCUGAAGAUGUCCCACAAUCCGACAGUUCCGAAUGGAUUAGCUGUCCAGAAUCCGAAGAAAUACCCCAGAGAAUACCGUUUAUAGCCGGCAACAAUCCUGCAGGACCGCACAUAUUGGCAGACACGAAAGAACCGUUAGCUUUUUUUAAACUAUUUUUUACUGACGAGCUCAUAAAUGAAGUAGUUACAGAAACAAAUAAUUACGCUAGAAGAAAGUUAGAAAACAAAACACUAUCAUUGUACUCGAUAUGGCGAACUUGGAAGAAUGUGACUACUGAAGAAAUGUGGGCAUUUAUUGGCGUUAUAAUAAAUAUGGGGACAAUGCCGCUCGCGAAUUUGCAAGAGUACUGGUCACGGAAUGAUGUCAGCUACAUACCUUUUUAUUCAAACAAAUUUACGAGAGACAGAUUCAGCCAGAUUUUUUGGAUGCUCCAUCUAAAAACAAUCCCAACAAGAGAUGCAAGUCCAAGAACCCAGUUGCAGCUAGUUAGCUGCUUUCUAGAAUAUAUAAAUUCCAAGCUUUUGAAGUAUUUUACACCGGGAGAAGAAAUUUGUGUGGAUGAAUCUACUAUCAAGUUCAAAGGCCGGAUUUCUUUUAUUACAUAUAAUCCGAAGAAACCAACGAAAUGGGGCAUUAGAGUUUACACAAUGGAAGACUCAAAGACUGGUUACAUCUGUGGUAUUCUUCCUUAUUAUGGAAGCCUUACCACGGAGAAAUUGAUAAGGCCUGACCUUCCGGUAUCUGCAAGAAUACCGCUGCAGCUGUAUACGAUGCUCCUGGAGAAAGUACCUGGUAGCCAAGGACACCACAUGUUCACCGAUCGGUACUACACCAGCUUUAUCCUGGCUGAAGAGUUAUUGAAAUUGAAAUGCCACUUGUCAGGAACAAUACUAACAAGCAAAUAG